CAUGCUUGCUCCUUGUGUGUGUGUGAGGAUGGAGCCUGUGAUUUUCCAUUGAGAAGCUGCUGACUUGCGCUGAGCCCAUUAUACAGACACUGGGAGGCUGCUGCCCUGCGCUGAGCUCAUUAUACAGACACUGGGAGCCUGCAUGCGCUCAGUCUGAGCUGGAAGCUCAUGUACACAGGGAGCAUAGAGAGCCUGGCAUCAAGGAGCCAUCAGUGACCAGAUCCUGGCAACAUCAAUACCCAGUAUCCAGGGAGCUGAGCUAGACAGACUGGGGUACACAGACCAGCACUAGUUCUAAAGAUGUCCAACAAAGAAAAACUGCAGUGUUUGAAGGAUUUCCACAAGGACAUAUUGAAACCUUCCCCAGGAAAGAGCCCUGGGACUAGGCCUGAAGAUGAAGCUGAUGGCAAGCCCCCUCAAAGGGAAAAAUGGGCCAGUAAAAUCGACUUUUUAUUAUCUGUGGCUGGAGGCUUUAUUGGCCUUGGGAACGUUUGGAGAUUCCCGUACCUCUGCUAUAAGAACGGCGGAGGUGCUUUCCUUAUUCCAUACUUUAUCUUCCUAUUCGGAGGAGGCUUGCCAGUGUUCUUUUUAGAAGUUGCUUUGGGACAAUUUACCUCUGAAGGGGGAAUCACCUGCUGGGAGAAGAUAUGUCCCAUCUUUACAGGGAUUGGCUAUGCUUCUAUUGUCAUUGUGUCCCUCCUGAAUGUUUACUACAUCGUUAUUCUGGCAUGGGGAGUGUACUACCUGCUCCAGUCAUUCCAGAGCCAGCUGCCAUGGGCAGUAUGCCACCAGAUCUGGAACACAGAGAAUUGCGUGGAGGACACAUUCAGGAAAAACAGGACCAUGUGGCUGGCCCUCAACAACACCAACUUCACCUCCCCCGUGACAGAAUUCUGGGAGCACAAAGUUCUUAGCUUAUCAAAGGGAAUUGACGAUAUUGGGGUCGUGAAAUGGGACUUGGCUCUGUGUCUCCUCUUCACAUGGGUCAUCUGCUUCUUCUGCAUCUGGAAAGGCGUCCGGUCCACAGGGAAGGUGGUAUAUUUCACAGCCACCUUUCCCUUUAUCAUGCUGUUUGUGCUAUUGAUCCGGGGGGUCACACUACCAGGAGCUGCAGAGGGGAUAAAAUUCUACUUGUACCCAAACAUAACCCGUCUGGAGGACCCACAGGUCUGGAUUGAUGCCGGCACCCAGAUUUUCUUCUCCUACGCCAUCUGUCUGGGAGCCAUGACAUCCUUGGGCAGCUAUAACAAGUACAAGUACAACUGCUAUAGGGACUGUAUGCUGCUUGGAUGCCUCAACAGUGGUACCAGUUUUGUGUCUGGCUUCGCAAUUUUUUCCAUCCUGGGCUUCAUGGCACAAGAGCAAGGGGUGGACAUUGCAGAUGUGGCAGAGUCAGGUCCUGGCCUGGCUUUUAUCGCAUACCCAAAAGCUGUGUCCAUGAUGCCCCUACCCUCCUUCUGGGCAAUUCUUUUCUUUAUUAUGCUGCUGUUGCUUGGACUGGAUAGCCAGUUUGUUGAGGUUGAAGGGCAGAUCACGUCAUUAGUUGAUCUGUAUCCGUCCUUCCUACGGAAGGGUUAUCGCAGAGAGAUUUUUAUUGCUAUAGUGUGCUUCCUGAGCUACCUUCUGGGGCUAACAAUGGUCACUGAAGGAGGCAUGUACGUGUUUCAACUCUUUGACUACUAUGCAGCUAGUGGGGUUUGCCUCCUGUGGGUCGCAUUUUUUGAAUGUAUUGCUAUAGGCUGGAUCUAUGGAGCUGAUAAAUUUUAUGAAAACAUUGAGGAUAUGAUUGGGUACAAACCGGGGCCGUGGAUGAAGUGGAGCUGGUGUCUGAUCACGCCAUUGCUCUGUGUGGGCUGCUUCAUAUUCUCACUGGCCAAAUACACGCCCCUCACCUACAACAAGUAUUACACAUAUCCGGACUGGGCAAUUGGGCUAGGCUGGUUCCUGGCGCUGUCUUCAAUGGUCUGCAUACCGCUGGUCGUGGUGUUGCGUAUUGUGAGUUCGGAGGGUUCUCUCAUUGAGAGAAUUAAAUCAGUCACUGCUCCCAGAGAGAUAAAUCGCUGGGCUGAGAAUACUGAAGGUGCCACUCCGUUCUGCGCAAAUGGCGGCCAUCAGAAGCCAACCCAUGUUAUUGUGGAGACCAUGAUGUGACCAUGCACAGUGCCUCCUCACUGAGGAGUCAGCCCUACAUGUUUACUAACCCUCUCCUUAGAUCCAAGUUUAUGGAGACCUCGAUUUGCACUAGAAUUUAAUUCUUCAGCUCUUGUAGAGACCAUUGUAUAAAAUGUGUGCGCGACUGCGUAUUUUAUAAUAUUUUGCUAUAUAUCGUAGAGAGAGUUUUUGAUCUCUCUGUGCAGAGACAGAUUCUCAUAUCACAGAAUUUAAAAUGCUAAAUGGUAUACAUCACAAGUUUAAUUCUCAACUUUCACAUCUCCUGCCAUAACCUCUUGCAGGCCCUGGUGUAUAUGGUAUUUGAAGCUGGCACCUGGUCUUUCCUAUAGGACUGCAAUAACAAUUUGUCAGUGUCCUGUACAAUAUUGAUACAAUCUUUAUCAGCUCAAGAUAUUCAUCAAUGCAAAAUGAAGUUAGUCACUAAACUUUGUUGAUCCCUAUUGGACAUUGACCAUUGGUCAAGUAUAAACACGCACUGUUCUAAAAGUGGGUCAAUCACCAUGGAAACCAACUGAAUGUCCUCCUGAUUGCUCCUGUUUUAGAAACUUUGAUCCCAUGCAUGCCAAUGUCACAGGACUAGUCCAAUCUAUUUUUAAAAUAUAUUUUAGACUUGCUAAAACAUUCAGGACUCAUUUAAUACACAUUAUACUCAUAAUAAACACAAAAUUAUUUAGCAUCACAAAUCAACAUUAUCUAAUUCCUUGCCUACAUGUCAAUCUAUUACACACCUGGAGGAUUAUGUACAAGGUGUGUUCUGAUAAAUGGUCCUAAAGUACUAAAAGCUUGGUAGACACUAUGGAAACCAGUGCAACCAUCAGGUACAUUGUGACUCCACCACCCCUUUUUAGAACAGACACUUUUUAUACACAGACCCCAUUAUGUUUUGGGCACUGUGCUUUUUAUAGAAUAUUUGUUAAUCGUCAGCACCAGCUUCCGACUUACUUGCUUGUAAUCACAUGAACAAUAUAAAAACCAUUUGUGAAAUGGAGUUGCUGGGAGCAGCCAUUUUGUUGUUUCUUUCAGACCGCUACAGAGGCAGCUUGAUUUGAUAAGAAUCACUAGACAUUUUAUUAGAGAUAUAAUAAGCAUUAUGUGGAAUCUAGACCACAUUCAUAAUUUCUUGCUUUAUACGUCACAAAGUCUGUACUGGUACAU